AUGAAGACUCGAAACAUGCGCCCUGCCGCACUGGUGGCGUGCAGUCUUGCUCUUUUACUUGUUGCUUGUGUUUUUGGUCAACAAGUAAUUCCAAUCACUGAUAUUGGUAUUUCCCUCCACGGCACUGUGGAAAAGGACCAAUGGAUUUAUUACUCUGUUGAUCCAAGCAAAUUUGAAUUUGGACAAAAUGAUACUGGUUAUGCUACAUUUAUGCUCACAUCAUUGAGUGGUGACUCUGAUCUUCACGUUAGUAUCACUGGUGUACCAAAUGGUAUUCCUUGCACUAAUUGUAUAUUCUCUGCCGAUACUCCUUUCAGUGAUACACAAACUGUUGACAAGAGUGAUAACACAAAAUGGCCAGCUCCUGGUGGUAUUUUCUACAUUGGUGUUCAUGGUUUUAGUGUUGCUGAAUUUGUUUUUAACGUUUGGUCAAGCAACAAGUUUGUUCACCUUACCGACGGAACUCCACAACAAGCCAAGGCUCUCAGAGGAACCUACACAUACUUUAGACUUGAACUUCCUCACCUCUUGGCAACUAAUCUUUCUAUUUCAGUCACUCCAAUUGAUGGAGAUCCUGAUAUUUUUGUUUCUUCACAAACACAAUAUCCAACUUCAAAUAAUUAUGAAUGGAGUUCUAGGAGCUAUGGAUUUGACAUUGUCAACAUUCAACAUGACACUCAAAUGAAUCCAGGUCUUGUUUAUUGGAUUGGUGUUUAUGCUUACAAUGAUGUUCACUUUACCAUUGUUGCUAGACAAUCCGAAACUGCAGUCCGUCUUCCUGAAGGACAUGCUGUUGGUGAUUUGAUUGAAGCUGAUCAAAUGGAAUAUUAUGUUUACAAUAAUCUUCAAUUCCAACGUCUUUUGAUAAGUCUUAUUCCUUUGACUUCAAGAGGUGAUCCAGAUCUUUACAUCAAAUUCGGUUCCGUUCCAACUUUGACCGAUUAUGAUUAUUCCCAAAGAUCUAUGGGUAAUGAUGCUUUUGAAAUUGAAAAGGCCUCAUCUCAAUUGGGUUAUUAUUAUAUUGGUGUUCAUGGUUAUGCCAGAGAUACCAAAUAUAGAAUUCUUGUCACCACAGAAGAAGCUAACACUGUUUGUGCUGAUGGUGUUUCUUAUGCUGGUCGCCUUCUUACUAAUGAACUCAAUUACUACAAAUUCUCUCAUGCUGACACUGAAAGUCGUGUUACUGUUACAGUUAAGGUCUACUCUGGUGCUGUCACUUUAUACUAUGCUUCUCAUUCAAGACCAACACCUCAAAAGUAUGAUAGAAUGGAAGUUUUGCAAGCUGGUGAACAAACCAUUAAUAUGAUGCUUCCUGCUAUUGUUCAAGAUUAUUUCUUUGCAGUUCAUGGUGUUUCUAAUGCUGAUUACUCAAUUAUUAUUUCUACCAAUCAAGUCCCUAGUCCUUUGGUUGAUGGUUAUGCCAUUUACUGGGCUAGAGUUCCUAAAAAUUAUUAUAGACAUUUCUACUUUGAAGCUGAUGAUUUUGAUACUAGUGAUGUUUCUAUUACUGUCGAUCCAAGACUUGGUGAUGUUGAUCUCUAUGUUAGUACUGAAGAUUAUUUCCCAACCAAAGAUAACUACACUUGGUCCAGCAACAGCUACAGCAAGGAUACUGUACAUAUCGCUGCCAAUGAUCCUCUUGCAAAGGGUAAGAAAUUGUUCCGUAUUUCAGUCUUUGGUUUCCAAGAAUCUAAUUUCUUUACCAUUAUUGCCAUGCAAACCAAUACCACUGUUAUUUUGUUAGACGAUGUCAGCACUCCUGGUACUGUUACCAGAAGAGAUUAUAUUACCUACAAAUACAAUGUUGAAGGUACCUCCAACCUUAGAGUUUCAGUUCAACCAACCUCUGAAGGUUCAGUUACUGUUUUCUGGAGUAGAACCAAUCCAAAGCCAAACAUGUUCCACAAUGAUGGUACAUCAGAUGACUUUGGUGGUAGUGUUUUUGAAAUUAAUUAUGCUUAUAAGGGUCCUUUAUAUAUUAGUGUUUAUGGUAAAUCUGGUGCUCUUGUUUCAUAUGUUAUUAAUGUCAGGACAAACUAUCAACAUAUUUAUUCCAAUGGACAAUCAUACCUUAUUGAAGCUGAUCAAAGUGAAUAUACUCAGUUCAGACUUUAUGUGGGUUCCCAUGUCAAGAACCUCGUUAUUUCAGCUACUCUUGUCUCUGGUUUCACUAAGAUGUAUAUUUCAAAUGAUGGCCAACCUGCCAACGCUACUCAUUACACUUGGGUCAACUCUGAAUGGCCAGGUAACGCUUUCAUCAUUCAAAAUACUAACCCAGAUUUCAAGCCUGGCAACUGGUUCAUUGGUGUUUAUGGCGUAGUUGCAUCUACAUUCUAUAUUUCUGCCUCAUCAUAUCCAUAUUAUGCUUGGUUGGCUGAAGGUGUUCCAAUGUUGGGUAAGGCUCCAGCUGAUGGUACCCCAAUGGUUUAUGCUUAUUGGUUGCCAUACGUAGCAGAUGACAAGAAGUCAGAUUAUGCCCUUCAUAUUAGAGCUAUUGCUGGUCCAGUUGAUGUAUACGUCAUUCAAGAUUACAAUGUUAUUCCAUCAAAAACUAACUUUACAUUCUUCUCAUCAGGCGACUCUGAUAGAACUCUUUAUCUUCCAAAGACCUCACUCAAAUUUAGUUCUUCUCUUUAUAUUGGUGUUUAUGGUAGAGCCGACUUUGGUGUUCCAACAUUCCAACUUACUAUGGGUACUUCUGAUUCUCCUAAAUUCCUUGGACAAGAUCAACCUCAAUCUAUCAUCCUUCCUCCAAAGACCUAUUCUUACUAUCAAGUUAUGAAUAGAUAUGCUAAAAGCAAGGUAUCUGUUUUCACUGAAUCUUGUAACAAUUCUCCAGCACCAAAGGUUUACCUUUCUGCUCUUGAAGAAAAACCACAAGCUGAUUCAUCUGAUGCUGUUGCCUCAGUUGCUUUAACUGAUUAUCCUAGAAGUCUUGUUCAAUCUGUUUCUGUUGACUCUCUUGCUGAACAAAAGUUCUAUCUUGGUGUUGGUAAUUUGGAUUAUGCAUCUGAUUCAUCAAUCUAUGUCACAACUGGUGAUGAUGCUAGACCAUCUCUCAUUAAGAACGUUCUUGAAGGUGCUAAUAUGGAUAAUUCAAUGACUGUUAUGAUUGUUCCUACUGCCAAAGCAUCCUCCAGAGAAAUGCCAGGAAACUUCUUGACAUACAAUGUUUACAUCACUGAAAUUGCUAAAGAUCAAAACUUUGGUGUUGUUAACAUGCACACUACUUGUGGUAUCAAGCGUAGUGGUUUGUUGGUCACUUCUGUUGUUGGUAACCCUGCAUCUCAAAACAUCCAAAUCAAAUUCAGCGUUGAUAAGAGUAGAAAGUACAUUGUUAACGUUUUAGCUCAAGAUAAUAUCGGUCUUUCAAUUCCUUACACUCCAUCUUAUAUUGUUAAUGGUGUUGUUAUUGCUGAAAAUACAUCAGAUGGAGGUUCUGUUGCUGCUGCUGUCAUCUUCUCACUUUUGGCUGUAUUCCUUGUUUUAGGUAUUGCUGGCUACAUUGGUGGAGGUAUUGCUUACAAGCAUCGUCAAGGUCACAGAGGUAUUGAAAUGAUUCCUAACAUUGAUUUGUGGAGAAAGAUCUUCACUUGUGGUAGAUAUGGUAGCUCUUACUCUACAUUUGAUGAUGACAGAGUCAACACUUCUGGUUUCGGUAGCACUAAUAACUCUUCAAGAGGUGAGGCUCAACCAAUCAACAGCUCUGGUUAUGGAUCUAUUUAAGUCUCUUUAGCGAGAAAACACAUUAAUUUAUUUAAUAAAAAUAUUUAUUCAUUCA